UGUUGGUGCGCUCUGCAGACAAAUUUCUCUUGCCGUUUCUGAAUAACGGCGCUCUACCGGAGGGCUGGGAUCGGACUUCAGCGCAAGAAGUGCGGUGGCCUUCGCACCUCACUCGGCAACGAUGUCUGAAUAUAUCUUCACAUUACUCGUCAUAUUGGGAUUGGGGGAUAUAUUGCCAAGCGUUCAGACACAGAGAGACGCUGAUUCACACCAAGAACCCAUUUUAUGUGAUCUUGGAGAGUUUCUGUGUGGUGACCAUCUGACCUGUGUGUCCGAAAGUUGGCUUUGUGAUGGUGAACCAGACUGUCCAGAUGGUUCAGAUGAGGUGCUGGACAAAUGUAAGGUGGAGGUUAUAGUCAGAUGUCCCCUCAAUCACAUACAGUGCAUCGGGACGAGAAAGUGCAUUCACUUCAACAAACUCUGCAAUGGGGCAAAAGACUGCGAAGAUGGUUUCGAUGAAGGAGUGCACUGUAGAGAGCUCCUGUCAGCCUGUCACGAGCUUCACUGCCGUUACGGGUGCAUCAUGACCAGAAACGGCACCUUCUGCUUUUGUGCAGAUGGAUUCGAGGUUGGAGAGGAUGGCCGGAGCUGCAGAGACCAUGAUGAAUGUGCCGUGUAUGGGACGUGCAGCCAGACCUGCAUGAACACCUAUGGGUCAUAUCGCUGCAGUUGUACAGAUGGGUACAGCCUGCAGUCGAACAGACGCUCCUGCAUAGCCAAACACGAGUCCGGUGAAAGCCCUGCAGCUCUGCUGAUCGGAUCCUCGGAUAGUAUUAUGAUCGCGACCCUAAACGGAUCCCGCCUGCAAACCCUUAAACAGCUGGACUUAAAUGGGACUCAUAGUUUGGAUUUCAACCAUAAAGAGGAAUCGGUGUGUUGGGUCACAUCUUCAGAGUCGUCCGGUCAACUGCGGUGUGCCAGAAUGAGGAAAGCAAGCGGAUUCACUAAGGAACAGGAAAUAAAGACGGUCCAGAAUCUCCAAGAUGUUGAACAGUUGGCCUUUGAUUGGCUUACGGGAAACUUUUACUUUGUGAAUCGAGCAAGUGACAGGAUAUUUGUCUGCAACCAGUAUGGAGAUACCUGUGUCAAAGUGAUAGACCUAGACCUGAUGAACCCAAAAUCGGUGGCGUUGGAUCCUCUGAUGGGUAUGCUCUUCUUCACUGACUAUGGAAAUGUGGCCAAACUGGAACGCUGCAACAUGGAUGGUACCAACAGAACUCGAAUUGUGGAUUAUAAGAUUGAGCGGCCAACUGCAGUGACGCUGGACCUGAUUAAGAAGUUAGUGUACUGGGCAGACGCGUAUCUGGAUUACAUUGAGAUGGUGGAUUACAAUGGCAAAAACAGACAUACUAUCAUGCAGGGAUAUCAAGUGGCUCACCUGCAUGGAUUAGCUGUCUUUGAGGACUACUUGUACGCAAUUCGCUCUGAACCCUCCAGUGAAGCGGUGGCCGAUGUCUUACGGAUAAAUCGCUUUAAUGUCACGGACCCGGAGACGCUAACCAGCAUAGGAAAUGCAAAAACAAUACGGGUUUACCACAAGCUAAGUCAACCGAAAGUCAAGGGUCACGCGUGUGAGGUCGACCCCUAUGGCAAGCCAGGAGGAUGCUCGCACAUCUGCCUCUUCAGUGGGAGCUACAAAUCCCGAAGCUGCCGCUGUCGAACCGGAUUCAUCCUGGGAAGCGACGGCCAGUCCUGCAAGAAACCCAAAAAAGACCUUUUCCUCUUCUAUGGAAAGGGGCGACCUGGGAUAAUCCGUGGCUUGGAUAUGAAUGUAAAGUCUUCCAGUGAACACAUGGUUCCAAUCGAGGACUUGGUAAACCCGAGAGCCCUCGACUAUCAUGCUGAAACAGGCAACAUUUACUUCGCAGACACUACAAGUUUUUUGAUUGGCCGCCAAAAGGUUGAUGGAAGCAACCGGGAAACAAUUCUCAAAGAUGAUCUUGAUAAUGUGGAGGGCAUAUCAGUGGACUGGAUUGGGAACAAUUUUUACUGGACAAAUGAUGGAUACAGGAAAACCAUCAGCGUGGCCAGGCUGGAAAGGGCAUCUGAAACCAGGAAGACUCUUUUGGAGGGAGAUAUGUCUCAUCCCAGAGCCAUAGUUGUGGAUCCUCUCAACAGUUGGAUGUACUGGACUGAUUGGGAAGAAGAUGAGGUAAAUGAUAGUAUCGGAAGGAUAGAGAAAGCAUGGAUGGAUGGCUCCAACCGGAAAAUAUUUGUCACGUCUAACAUGCUAUGGCCCAAUGGGCUCACUCUGGAUCACGGGACCAGUACCAUGUACUGGUGUGAUGCUUAUUAUGAUCACAUUGAGAAAAUUUACCUCAAUGGCACUGGCAGAAUGGUUGUGUACAGUGGCAGGGAACUUAAUCACCCUUUUGGGAUCGCUCAGUACCAGAAUUCCAUCUUCUGGACGGAGUACAUGAACGCCUCCAUCUUUCAACUGGAUCUGGUUUCUGGUGAAGUGUCUCUGCUCAGGAGUGAGCGGCCGCCGCUGUUUGGGCUCAGAGUCUAUGAUGCGCAAAGCCAGCUGGGUGACAAUGCCUGCCGGGUGAAUUAUGGUGGUUGCAGUACUCUCUGUUUGGCCGUCCCGGGGGGCAGAGUUUGUGCAUGUGCCGACAACCAGCACCUGGACAAAAAUAAUGUCACAUGCUCUGACUCUGCAGGCCCAGAGGAGCCCAAGCGGUGUAGAGACGAUGAGUUUCAGUGCAGAAACUGGCGCUGCGUACGAGCCAAUUGGAUUUGCGAUGGAGAUGAUGAUUGUUUAGAUGGCAGUGAUGAAGAAACAAACAUAUGCUCUAACCACAGUUGUCCGGUUGAUCAGUUCAAGUGCCCCAAUAACCGUUGCAUACCCAAGAGGUGGCUGUGUGAUGGAUCCAAUGACUGUGGAGAUAACGAAGACGAGUCUAAUAAAACAUGUUCAGCUCAGCCAUGUAGGGUUGGUCAGUUCACCUGCGGUAACGGUCGAUGUGUACCUGAGGCGUGGCGCUGCGAUCAAGAUGAUGAUUGUGGGGAUAUGACGGACGAGUCUACUUCAUGUGCGUUCCCUACCUGUGAAGUUCUUCGACAGUUCAGCUGUGCUAAUGGGAGAUGCAUUAGCAUGAAGUGGCAUUGUGACUCAGAUGAUGACUGUGGAGAUAACAGUGAUGAAAUGGGCUGUGUUCACUCCUGUGGUAAUGGCCAGUAUCAAUGCUCCAGCGGCAGAUGCAUUCCAGAGCACUGGGCCUGUGAUGGGGACAAUGACUGCGGAGAUUUCAGUGAUGAAAAUGUGACUUGUGCUGGCAUUGCCCCUGCGUUGCCUCCAGUGGAAUGCAGUGCAGAGGAGUUUCACUGUCAUGCAGAUGGGACCUGCAUCCCCGAGCGCUGGCGCUGCGAUGGGGACAAAGACUGUGAAGACGGCAGUGACGAAAACAACUGCAAGGGGAUCAAGAGAAUGUGCGAUCCUCAGGCAAAGUUUACCUGCAAAAGUUCAGGGAAGUGUAUCAGCAAGAGCUGGGUGUGUGACGGCGACAAUGACUGUGAAGACCGCUCAGAUGAGGAGUCCUGUGAGACCUCCGUCUGUAAGCCCCCCACUCAGCCCUGCGCUAAUGAUUCCAGCACCUGUCUGCCUCUUCACAAAAUCUGUGAUGGGAGAAACGACUGCGGUGACCAAUCAGACGAGGGGCCUUUCUGUGAGAAAUGUUUGCAGGGGAACGGGGGCUGCAGUCACCAGUGUGCAGUGAUCCCAAGCAAGGGGGUUGUGUGUUCCUGUCCCACCGGACUCAAUCUGGGGUCUGACAACCGCACUUGCCAGACAGUGGACUACUGCACGACGCACCUGAAGUGUAGUCAGAUAUGCGAGCAACAUAAAACCGUUGUCAAGUGUUCCUGUUAUUCCGGCUGGACACUUGAUGCAGAUGGAGAGAACUGCCAUAGCAUCGAUCCCUUUGAGGCUUUCGUUAUCUUCUCUAUUCGCCACGAAAUCAGACGAAUCGACCUUCAUAAACGUGACUACAGCCUGCUCGUGCCCGGUCUUCGCAACACCAUCGCUCUCGACUUUCACUUCAACCAGAGUCUGCUUUACUGGACCGAUGUGGUGGAGGAUAAGAUCUACCGGGGAAAGCUCUCGGACACCGGAGGUGUAACCGGGGUCGAAGUUGUGAUUCAGCAUGGCCUGGCUACCCCAGAGGGACUUGCAGUGGAUUGGAUUGCAGGAAACCUGUACUGGAUAGACAGCAACUUGGAUCAAAUCGAAGUAGCAAAGCUGAAUGGCCAAAUGAGAACCACUUUGAUCGCCGGUGGCAUGGAGCAUCCGCGAGCUCUGGCCGUGGAUCCGGGGCAGGGCAUUCUAUUCUGGACUGACUGGGAUGCUACUUUUCCUCGGAUUGAAGCGACAUCAAUGAGCGGAAGUGGAAGACACGUUGUGUUUAAAGACAUGGAGAUCGGAGCCUGGCCUAAUGGACUCACUCUAGAUCAUCAAGAGAGGAGAAUAGUGUGGACAGAUGCUCGCUCAGAUGCAAUAUACUCAGCUCUGUAUGAUGGCUCCGGGGUCAUAGAGAUCCUCAGGGGCCACGAGUAUCUGUCACACCCUUUCGCCGUCUCUCUCUUUGGAGGAAGUGUUUACUGGACGGACUGGAGGACUAACACAUUAGCCAGAGCGAAUAAAUGGACGGGUCGCAAUGUAACAGUGAUCCAAAAAACAAGUGCUCAGCCAUUUGAUCUGGAGAUCUACCAUCCUAGCCGCCAACCUCAAGCCUCGAACCCGUGCGAGGCAAACGAUGGAAGAGGUCCUUGUUCUCACCUCUGUCUGAUUGAUUACAAUCGCACUGCUUCUUGUUCCUGCCCUCACCUCAUGAAGCUUUCUCUCAACAACCACUCUUGUGUGGCACUGAAGAAAUUCCUAUUGUAUGUGAGGCGGUCAGAGAUCCGUGGAGUGGACAUUGAUAAUCCAUACAUGAACGUUAUGACGGCUUUGACGGUCCCUGACAUUGAUGAUGUCACUGUGGUGGAUUACGAUGCUCUUGAGGAAAGAUUAUACUGGGCAGAUGUGAAGAGCCAAACAAUAAAGCGGGCAUUUAUCAAUGGGACUGGACUUCAAACAGUCAUUACAGGAGAUAUUCAAAACUGCCGUGGGCUGGCGGUCGAUUGGAUCUCGAGGAACAUGUACUGGCUGAGCACUGAGAACGAAGAGACGCAGAUCAAUGUUGCCCGACUAGACGGAUCUCUAAAAACCUCAGUGAUCCAUGGGAUUGACAAACCAAAAUGUCUGACAGUGCAUCCCGCCAAAGGAAAAAUCUACUGGACUGAUGGUAAUACAAUAAAUGUUGCCAAUAUGGAUGGAAGUAACAGGAAAGUUCUUCAUCAAAACCAGAGAGAACCAGUCGGGCUCUCCAUUGACUUUCCAGCAGGAAAGAUGUAUUGGAUCAGUUCUUCCAAUGGCACUAUCAACAGGUGCAAUCUAGACGGCAGUGGCUUUGAGGUCAUUGAGAGCAUGAAGAGGGAUUUAACUAAAGCCACAGCUCUAGCAGUCAUGGGUGGCAAGCUGUGGUGGGCAGAUGAGGAUCUGGCUCAGUUGGGAACCGUGGCCAAACGGGAUGGCCGAAACCCAGCGGUGCUGCGCAAUAAGACUAGCGGAGUGGUACAUAUGAAGGUGUAUGAUAGAGAUGGACAGAAAGGUAGGAAUGCCUGUCAGUUAAACAACGGCGGCUGUUCGCAGCUCUGUCUGCCCACAUCUGAAAACACUCGUACUUGUGCCUGCACCAUCGGCUACAAUCUGCGUAGCGACCGUCUUUCUUGUGAAGGCCUGAGUUCCUUUCUGAUGUACUCUUUUCAUGAGGGGAUACGAGGCAUCUCCCUGGAUCCCGGCGAUCACGCCGAGACCCUGAUGCCCAUCAGCGGUGCCUUGUUUGCUGUUGGCGUGGACUUUCAUGCAGCCAAUGACACCGUUUACUGGACAGACAUGGGCUUAAAUCGCAUUUCCCGAGCCAAGAGAGAUCAGACAUGGAGGGAGGACGUUAUCACCACUGGAAUCAACAGAGUGGAGGGCAUCGCAGUUGACUGGAUUGCUGGUAACCUUUACUGGACAGAUCACGGUCUUAACCUCAUUGAAAUCGCUCGUUUAAAUGGCCUCUACCGGUCUGUGGUGAUAUCAGAAGGUUUGGAUCAGCCAAGAGCCAUUGCCGUUCAUCCACAAAGAGGUUACUUAUUCUGGACUGAGUGGGGGAAAAAUCCUUGCAUUGGUCGUGCACGACUGGACGGUUCGGACCAGGUGACUCUGGUCAGUUCUGGCAUCGCCUGGCCAAAUGGAAUCGCCAUUGACUAUGAGGAAAAUAGAUUAUACUGGUGCGACGCCAGGACCGACAAGAUCGAGAGAAUCAACCUUGAAACCGGGGAGGGCCGAGAGAUUGUACUGUCAGCCGCCAACGUGGACCUGUUCUCCGUGGCUGUUUUCGGGGCUUACAUCUACUGGUCUGACAGAGCUCACGCCAACGGCUCCAUCCGCCGCGGGUUCAAGAAUGACGCUAGCGAUGCCGUCACACUGAGAAGCGGUCUGGGCGUCAACCUGAAGGAUGUGAAAGUGUUUAACAGAGGCCGGGAGAAAGGAACUAACCCCUGCGCCAGGAGUAAUGGAGGCUGUCAGCAGCUCUGUUUUCACCUGGGAAGCGGAAGGAGGACGUGUUCCUGUGCUCACGGCUACUUGGCCGAAGACGGCUUUGCCUGCCAAAGAUACGAGGGCUAUCUUCUGUACUCUGAAAGAACCAUAUUAAAAAGCAUCCACCUGUCAGACGACAGCGAUCUCAACUCCCCCCUCCAGCCUUUCGAGAACCCGAACUACUUUAAGAACGUCAUCGCUCUGGCCUUCGACUAUCGGCAUGAGACCUCGCAGCACAAUCGCAUUUUUUUCAGCGACAUCCACUUCGGGAACAUUCAGAUGAUCAAUGACGAUUGGACAGGAAGACAAGUCUUGGUUGAGGGUGUGGGUUCAGUUGAAGGCUUGGCUUAUCAUCGUGCCUGGGAUACAAUUUAUUGGACUAGCUCCACCACCUCAACUAUUAGCAGGCACACGGUAGACCAGAGCCGGCAUGCAGCCUUCACCAGGCAAGCCGUUGUCACUAUGUCUGAGGAUGACCACCCCCAUGUCUUGGCCUUAGAUGAGUGUCAAAACCUCAUGUUUUGGACCAAUUGGAACGAGCAGCGGCCCAGCAUCGUGCGCUCCACUCUUGCGGGAAACAAUGUGAAAGUCAUCAUUAGCACAGAUGUAUUCACUCCUAACGGACUCACUAUUGAUCAUAAAGCAGAGAAGCUGUAUUUCUCGGAUGGGAGUCUGGGCAAAAUUGAAAGAUGUGAAUAUGAUGGCUCCCACAGAUAUGUUAUUGUAAGAUCAGGACCUGGCACAUUUUUUGGACUUGCUAUCCAUGGAAACUAUAUUUUUUGGUCUGACUGGACCCGAAGGGCUGUGUUACGGACCAACAAGUUCACCGGAGGAGAUACUAAAGUUCUCAGAGCUGAUAUUCCUCACCAACCGAUGGGAAUUAUUGCAGUUGCCAAAGACACUAAUAGCUGUGAGCUAUCUCCAUGCAGGAUUCUGAAUGGUGGUUGUGGUGACCUGUGUCUCCUUACUCCAGAUGGCACAGUCAACUGCAGCUGCCGGGGAGAGCGGAUACUGCUCGAUGACAACAGAUGUGUGUCCCAAACAUCCUCUUGCAGCAUCUACACGGAGUUCGAGUGUGGAAACGGGGAAUGUAUAGACUACCAGCUAACAUGUGAUGGAAUCGCCCACUGCAAAGACAAGUCAGAUGAGAAAAUGCAAUAUUGUGACAACAGGAGCUGCAGAAAGGGUCAUCGUCCCUGCUACAACCGGCGCUGCGUGGCUAACAGCCACUUUUGUGAUGGAGUCGAUGAUUGCGGAGACAACUCGGACGAGGCGUUUUGUAACAAUGUCACAUGUGCUGCAUCUGAGUCAUCCUGUCAAGAUGGAACUUGCAUACCAAUGUCUUCCUGGUGCAACCAGGUCAUCGACUGUGCCGAUGCUUCUGAUGAGAAAAACUGCAAUCACACGAAUUGUGCAGACUUUUACAGAAUGGGCGUGGCAGAAAAGGCCUUCAUCAGCUGUAACACCACUUCGCUCUGCGUUCACCAUUCCUGGCUUUGCGACGGAUCGAAUGACUGCGGAGAUUAUGCCGACGAGACAAACUGUCAGGUCUCUCACGGGCAGAAAUGUGCAGAAGGCCACUUCGCUUGCCCCAGCGGGAACUGCAUCUCCAGCGUGUGGCUGUGUGAUGGGCAGAAGGAUUGUGAAGACGGUGCAGAUGAGUUCCAGUGCGACUCCUCCUGUCUCUGGAACCAGUUUGCUUGUUCAAAGAACAAGUGCAUCGCUAAACAGUGGCUUUGUGAUGGGGAAAAUGACUGUGGAGAUGGGCUGGACGAAAGCGUGGAUCUCUGUGGCUCGGUGACCUGCGCUCCAGGGUUAUUCAGUUGUCCAGGGUCUUACGCAUGUGUUCCUAAACGCUGGUUAUGUGACGGGGAGAGAGACUGCCCUGAUGGCAGCGAUGAGCUUGCGGCGGCUGGCUGUGCUCCAAAUAAUACCUGUGAUGAGAAUUCAUUCAGGUGUCUAAACAAAGGCUGCAUUCCCAAACGCUUUGUUUGUGACCACGACAAUGACUGUGGAGAUGGCUCUGAUGAAUCGGUUGAAUGUGUGUACCGUUCGUGCGGGGCGGAGGAGUUUCGCUGUGCUGAUGGCAGAUGCCUGCUCAGCGCCCAGUGGGAGUGCGACGGUUACCCAGACUGCCCUGACCGCUCUGAUGAGCUGCCUCUCAACCUUAAAUGCAUGGCUGCCGAGAGCUUAUGCAACAGUUCAUUUUUCAUGUGCUCGAAUGGCCGCUGUAUAUCUGAAAAGUCUUUAUGUGACCUGAAAGAUGAUUGUGGAGAUCGUUCAGAUGAGAAAAACUGCAACGUUAAUGAAUGUCUGAACCGUCGUGUCAGUGGCUGUACGCAGGACUGUCAAGAUUUACCAGUGGGAUACAAGUGUAAGUGCUGGCCAGGAUUUCACCUGAAGAAUGAUGGGAAAACAUGUGUUGACAUUGACGAAUGCUCCACCAGUCUACCCUGCAGUCAAACCUGCAUCAACACUUACGGUUCCUAUAAGUGUUUGUGUGUAGACGGCUAUGAAGUGCCCAGAAAAGACCUCAACAGCUGCAAGUCUCUUUCAGCUGAAGAGCCAUUUCUAAUACUAGCUGAUCUUCACGAAAUCAGAAAAUUAAGUGUUGAUGGAUCCAACUACACUCUUCUGAAACAGGGUCUUAACAACAUCAUUAGUUUGGAUUUUGACUACAAGAAGGAGUUCAUCUACUGGAUCGACUCCAGCAGACCCAGCGGCCGGAGGAUAAACAGAAUUCGCCUGAACGGAAGUGACCUUAAGGUUGUUCACCGAACGGCCGUGCCCAGUGUGCUGGCUGUGGACUGGAUUGGAAAGAACUUGUACUGGUGUGAUGUUGAGAGAAAAACCCUGGAGGUGUCAAAAUCCAACGGUUUAUAUCCCACUGUUUUAGUGAGCUCUGGGCUGAAGAACCCUACGGACCUGGCCCUGGACGCUCAAAGCGGGUAUGUGUUUUGGAUUGACUGCUGUGAAAAUCCUCACGUCGGUCGAGUUGGCAUGGAUGGUCAAGGCCACACGGUUAUCGUGAACAAAGAGAUCUACAGCCCGUCUGCCUUAACUAUUGACUACACAAACAAGAGGAUCUACUGGGCUGAUGAUAAUCACAUCUUUUUUGCCAACAUGGAUGGUUCUCAGAGACGUCGGGUUCCUCAUGAUCACAUCCAGGGUGUGAUGGGGCUCACGCUGUUCGAGGACUUUAUUUACUGGACCGACGGAAAGUCCAAAUCCCUCCGUCGGGCUCAUAAGACCACGGGUGCUUAUGCGGUCGAGCUCCUUAACUCUUGGCAGGCCAUCAAGUCCAUCAUAGUUUACCACCCUUUGCGUCAGCCUGAAGUGCCCAAGCACCAGUGUCAGGUGGCCAAUGGAGGCUGUAGUCAUUUAUGCUUGCUGUCUCCCGGUGGAGGUCAUAAAUGUGCCUGCCCAACAAACUUCUACCUGGCGUCCGAUAACAAGACCUGCCUAUCCAACUGCACAGCAAGCCAGUUUCGCUGCGGGACAGAUGAGUGCAUUCCAUUCUGGUGGAAAUGUGACACGGUUGACGACUGCGGCGAUGGGUCAGAUGAGCCUGCAGACUGUCCGGAAUUCAAAUGCCAGCCUGGGCGUUUUCAGUGUGGCACUGGCCUUUGCGCCUUACCUCCCUUCAUUUGCGAUGGAGAAAAUGACUGCGGGGACAACUCAGACGAAGCCAACUGCGAUACAUACAUCUGUCUGUCAGGCCAAUUUAAAUGCACCAGAAAGCAGAAGUGUAUUCCAUUAAAUCUCCGCUGCAAUGGGCAGGAUGACUGCGGGGAUGGUGAAGAUGAGACGGACUGCCCCGAGAGCACGUGUUCACCGGACCAGUUCCAAUGCAAGACCACCAUGCAUUGUAUCUCCAAGCUCUGGGUGUGCGAUGAGGACCCUGACUGUGCUGACGGCUCUGACGAGGCCAAUUGUGAUGAAAAGACCUGUGGACCUCAUGAAUUUCGGUGCGAGAAUAACAACUGUAUCCCGGACCACUGGAGAUGUGACAGCCAGAAUGACUGUGGAGACAACUCGGAUGAGGAACAAUGUAAGCCCGUGACCUGUAAUCACAAGGACUUUGCCUGCGCUAAUGGGGACUGUAUCUCAGCACGCUUCAGAUGCGAUGGUGACUAUGACUGCGUUGAUAAUUCAGACGAGAAGGACUGCGAGACUCACUGUGCGGACGACCAGUUUCAGUGUCACAACAGUCUCUGCAUCUCUCGUAAGUGGCUGUGUGAUGGGCAGGAAGACUGUAAAACGGGAGAAGAUGAAAGAAAUUGUCUCGGAACAGCACUUCCCUCCUGUUCUUUAAAUGAAUACGUGUGUGCCACUGGAGGCUGUGUGUCGGCCGCUCUGAGGUGUGAUGGACAUGACAACUGUCUGGAUAGCUCAGAUGAGAUGGACUGUGUCAAGGAGUGCACAGAAGAUGAGUUCCUGUGCAAGAAUCACGCCCACUGCAUCCCCAAACGUUGGCGCUGCGAUGACAUCUUCGAUUGCGUGGACCACAGCGAUGAGGAAAACUGUGGCCAUGACGCUUUCUUCUGUCGUCCUGAUGAGUUCAUCUGUAAUAACACUCUUUGUAAGCUGCACGUAUGGGUUUGUGAUGGGGAAGAUGACUGUGGAGAUAACUCAGAUGAAGAUCCUGACAUGUGCGCCAAACUACCUUGUCCUCCAACAAGGCCGUACCGCUGCAGAAAUGACAGAGUGUGUCUACGGCUUGAUCAGAUCUGUAACAGUGUGGAUAACUGUGGGGACAACUCGGAUGAAGAUGAAUGUGAGGCUGUCUCAACCAGGCCCAAGCCCUGCGGGAAGACCGAGUUUACCUGCGGUAAUCACAGAUGUAUACCAGCACAGCUGCAGUGUGACCUGUUUGAUGACUGUGGAGAUGGAGGAUCAGAUGAACAGGAUUGCAAGGCUUCUUCAAAUGGAGACAUAUGUGGAAAGAGGUUGAAUCCAUGUGGUGAGGAUGCAGUAUGCAAUCAGACAAACGCAAAUCCAAUAUGUCAUUGCAAACCUGGAUUUCAGAGGAAUCUCAGAACCAGGAUGUGUGAAGAGAUAAAUGAGUGUCUUCAAUUUGGCACUUGUUCUCACUAUUGUACAAACACAAAAGGAUCAUACAAAUGUACAUGUGAUAAAAAUUAUAAGGACGUGAAUGGUAGUUGCCUAGCAAAAGGACCAGAAGAUCGAGUGCUCUACAUAGCUAAUGACACUGAAAUCCGAAGUUUUGUGUAUCCAUUUAACCAGAGCCAUGGACACAAAGUACAUGCUCGCAUCGAGGAAAAUGCCCGCAUCAUUGGGAUGGAUGCUCUGUAUCAACAACAAAAGUUUAUCUGGGCUACUCAGUUUAAUCCGGGUGGAAUUUUUUACAAAGAAAUCCUUAACAGGAGUCAAACUAAAACAAAUAUUGGCAUCAUAUGCCCAGAUUUUCGUAGGCCCAGAGAUGUGUCAGCCGACUGGGUAACUGGGAAUAUCUACUGGACAGACCACUCCAGGAUGCACUGGUUUAGUUAUUACACAGCUCACUGGACCAAGCUUAGAUACUCUAUUAAUGUGGGCCAACUCAAGGGACCCAACUGCACUCGUCUGAUAACUGACAUUGCAGGAGAACCGUACGCCAUUACCGUCAAUCCAGUCAAAGGGAUGAUGUAUUGGUCAGUAAUAGGUGAUCACUCACAUAUAGAAGAGAGUGCAAUGGAUGGUUCAAUGCGUAGGGUGCUUUUGUACAAGAACCUUAGGAGACCCACAGGGUUGGCGAUUGAUUAUUUCAGCCAGCGUCUGUAUUGGGCCGAUGCCGAGCUCUCUGUCAUUGGCAGUGUCCGAUUCGACGGAUCAGACCCAUUGGUGGUAAUCGAUGGCAGGCAAGGAAUAUCACAACCAUACAGAAUAGAUAUUUUUGAGGAUUAUAUUUAUGGAACAGGACUGAAAAAUGAUGUUUUCAGAAUACACAAAUAUGGCAGAAAACCUAUUGAACCUCUUGAUCUGGGUAUUGAGAAAACAACAAAUGUCUUGAUCUCCCAUCGUUUCAAGCAACAUGAUGGGGCCAAUCCUUGUCUAAGGAUGAUCUGUGAUUUUAUGUGCUUGCUUAACCCAAGUGGGGCCAGCUGCAUCUGUCCAGAGGGGAAGAUUUUGGUCAAUGGCUCCUGUAUUGACCCCAAUAUUUCAGGUGAGCUGUGCCGACCGGCCUGUGAGAAUGGAGGACGCUGCAUGGCCAAUGAGAAAGGAGACUGGCGCUGUUACUGUUGGCCCAAUUUCUCUGGAGAGCGCUGUGAAGUGAACCACUGUGCGGAUUACUGCUUAAACGGAGGAACGUGCACAGGUUCACCUCUUGGAAAACCCACCUGCCGCUGUGCGACGGGUUUCAGUGGUCCUAACUGUGAGAGGCGGAUUUGUGAUAAUUACUGUCUGAAUGGAGGCACGUGUGAUGUCAGCACUGGAAACCAACCAGUGUGUCGCUGUUUAGCAGAGUACACGGGUGACCGCUGUCUGUAUCACAUCUGUCAUCACUACUGCGUCCAUUCCAAAGCAUGCACGCUCUCCAGCUCCGGACACGUCGAGUGCGUGUGCCCGGCACGCUAUGAAGGAAUCAAGUGUGACAUUGACAAGUGCAUGCGUUGCCAUGGAGCCCCAUGUAUUAUUAAUGGAGAAACAGGAGAAGUCGCUUGCAACUGUACCAGCGGUCGAAUCGCCUCCAGCUGCCAGUUGUGUGAUGGUUACUGUUAUAACGGAGGCACCUGUCAUCUGGACCCUGACACCAGUCUGCCCUUCUGCCACUGCACGGCUGGGUUCAAGAACCAGCGUUGCGAUGAGCUGGCCAAUCCCUGCGAUUACUACUGUCAGAAUGAAGGGAUAUGCACAAUAACUGCUCUUAACAAACCACGAUGCAAAUGCUCAGCUAAUUGGUCGGGGACUCAGUGUGAAAGGCCGGCCCCCAAGAGCAGCCGUUCAGAUAACACGGCUGGAGGUAGUAUCGCCAUCAUUGUGCCGUUGGUCCUACUGGUUAUUCUGAUCUCUACAGUGGUUGCAGGUGUCUUCAUCUGCAGAAGGCGUCAGAGAGGGAAACAUGUUCAACGACAGCCUAUAACCAAUGGAGGCAUCAACGUGGAGAUUGGAAAUCCAUCUUACAACAUGUAUGAGGUGGACCACGACAACCACGCCGAUGCCGGCAGCCUCCUCAAACCAAAUUUCACACUCGAUCCCCACAAGGGCUGGUGUGUAAAAUCCAGUGAGCCUUGCACGCUGAAUAUUCAUUCUGUCCCUAAGGAAGUUAUACCUGGACAGCCAAUGAACUACUCCAAUCCGAUGUACGCAAAGAUGUAUCUCGAUGGACAAAACUGUCGCAAACCGGUCAUCAACAUUGACGAAAGGAGAGAGCUACUCCCAAAGAAACUUGAGGGGACGAUUCGAGAAACCGCCGCAUAGCCUGACUACACUUUGUACUCUUUUUUUACUUCAAUGUACAAAAUGUAUAAAACACAAGGAAAAAUCAAAAAAAUUUCUAUUUCUUAUCAGGUUCAGAUAUCUUGUUUAUAUUUGUUUUUUUGUUUUUUUGCUUUCAUCAUGCAUUUAUGUCUGUGAUAUUUGAAAUCAUCUAUAAUUUUUUGUCUUCUCAGUAAACAAUACUUGUACUACAUACAGUAUAAUACACAAAUCGGGCAAAUGAUGGAUCAUUUUCAAUACAUAAAUAUCAUUUUUCAUAUGUUGCCUUAUAUCAUAUUUUACUUUCUAGUGUUUACGUUGUAUUGCACUGUGAAAGUUUCUGCAUUUAUCUUGUUUAUUUUUUUUUUGAAAUGUCAUAUUUGUAUCAUUCUGUUUAUUUCAUGUAACCAUUACCUCUUCUUUCACCAACAUAGGGCUACAUACAGUGUCAACCACAUGACUUCAGUCUGAUCCUUUGGUUAAAAAAAAUGAGUUGAUAUUGAUCCAGUUUUUAGUUUGCUUGAUUAAGUGAUUUCUUUUACUUCCACCACCCAUAAAAAUGCUGCAAUGAUGAACUAUGUUGUAACCAUAGAUAUGUAUAUAAAGGCUAGAUGGCUCGUCCGCGCUGCUGGCCAAC